AAAAAAAAAAAAAGAGAGAUAUAGACGAUCUUCUCCCUUUGACUAAACUUCUUUCUCUUUCAGCUUUUAACCCUCUCCGAAUUUUUAGUGUAUCAUGGAUGAGGCAUCUCGCCCGACAAAAGACCGGAUUAUCGCAGUAAAGUCGUCAAUUACUGGCAUCGGUUGGAAGCAGUCGUCUUUGACAACAUUAAACAAUUUUGUUAGAGUUGUUCAUACUACUACAAAGCAUGCAUAUUAUUUUUCCAAGUAUAUAUUCCUCAAUGAAUUGCAAGCAGACCCUCAAUGUGACCUCAAAGAAUAUAUCAACAAAGAAUUUUUUGCUGAAGUAUGGCUUUCUUUGGUAGACUAUACAAAGGGAAAUGCUCGCGCAGAAAAAGUUAUAAAGUAUCGCAAUUAUAUUAGCCGCUAUUUACCAAGCUAUCUGAAUAUCACAAACUAUCAAAGGUUCAGACUAAAGUAUGCUCAGCAGUUUUCUCUGAUCGAAGGAAAAAAAAUAUAUCAGUCGUAUAUCAAUAACAUCAGCAUGAGAUUUGGUCAACAUCUUAGACAAUCAAUCAAUGUUUUACUGAACGUCAAGCAGAGAAAGGCGGAAAUGAAGCAAGCUCUUCUAGAACAAGGCGUCGACCCCAAAAUCAUCGAAGAUCUUAUUUUCCAAGAUGUAACUCAGACCGCAAAAAAUUUCAAAGUGGCCAUCAGCACACGUCCCACAAACAUGACUUUACUGCCACAAAAUUCACAGGUAGAAAUAAAUGCAUACAACGCGUUAAGACCUGUUUUGGACUCGUAUGGUACAUCGUAUUCUUUUAAAAAACACAGCAUCUAUUAUGAUGCAAAAGCGCAACCUGAAAAUCACUUUAUGGCAUUUGUUCAACUAGCUCGUCUCUUCGAAACAUUAGGUUUAUCUCCUUUUCGUUGCUUUCCUCUCCGUCGUUCAUGGUCUCCUGGUUAUGUACAAAUCGAUAGUGAGAUUCUUUGUCAAAACAUUCUAGAUAUCAGAUGGU